CCGCUUUAACACACCUUCGUCGCCGUCGUCGUCGUCGCCGUCGCCGCCGUCGCCGCCGCCGCCGCCGUCGUAGUGGCAUACUCGUAGUCAACCGGCACCGUGGUGGGGAUCAGUGCGUUCGGCCGUUUCGCCUGUCGUCCGCUGUGUUUGGGCACGUUCCAUCCCCGGCGCAACAGCAGCAGCAGCAACAGCGCGCGGCAUCGCAGUGCGAUCACCGACGGCGUUGUACGUUUGUUAACCAGUACCAACCGAUUUUUCGUUAAUCUUCACGUUUUACCUUACCGGUCUCUCUCUCUCUCUCUCUCUCUCGGAACACCAUCGUCGUUGCAAUACCGGUGUGCGUCGGACUGACGGUCGUAUUAUUAGUACCUACUCGUACACGCAGAAAACGGUACAACGGAAACAAAACUCGCGCUCACGACGGCACCAGCAGCGCGACACACGUAUUUCGUUACACACCGUUAUCAAUAUUGUUCGGCGGUGAUAGUGGUGCGGAUUUCGUAUCGUUAUUUGCUGCGGUCGAAGUUACUUGUUGAUUUUUCUUUCCGGACGCGUGUCCCGGUCCCCCCUCCCCUCGUCCCUUUUCGUCACCAAACCCGGGACCGUGUCGUCGUCCGCGCUUCGAACGUCCCGAACGCGCGCGCGAGUCCGCUCGCACCGCGUACAAAUCUCGGUGUCGCGCGUUCCGUGUGUGCGCCGCCGUCUCGCUCGCACGCGUCAUACCACGCGCACGCACGCACGUUCACGUACAAACAACGCGCACGCACGCGCUACCCUCGAUCGCACACUUGCACGCCGUAGAGCAGCGCACGGACGCAUACCGAAACACACGCACCGGAUGCGAAAAUAAUCGCGCAGUCCACUACCGCACACUGUUACGCCGGAUGCACCGUCACGAGCAGCAACAGCAGCUGAGCCGACGCGACGCUGAUGCGAAGACGGUCGAUAUGUAGACAGCAGCAUGAACAACGUUCGUCGGCCGGUCGUCGUCGCCACCACCACCACCGCAGCAGCAGCUCUUGCACGCCUCCCCGAGAGCGCACCGUCGUUGUCCUGAACAGCCACCAUGGACCAUUCUUCGGCGGCGGCGGUCCACACGUCUAACGAAAGGUUAUAUCAAAACAUUUAAAUGGACCUGGGUUAAAAAAAAAGUCAUAAUGGCUAGUUGAACAUAAAUCUCCUCAACCAUUAAUUGCCGAAGCUUUAGAUUCUUCAACAAACAUACCUUCUACAACCACAUUGACUGUAAUAGUUGUAAAAGAUGAAAGGGGAUAUGGUAUGAAAGUAUCAGGAGAUAAUCCUGUAUUUGUGCAAUCUGUUAAACAAAGUGGAGCAGCAGAAAGAGCAGGUUUACAUAGUGGUGAUAAAAUUAUUAAAGUUAAUGGUGUUAAUGUUACACAUUCUACACAUACAGAAGUUGUAGAACUUAUAAAAUCUUCUACCCAAGUCGAAUUAACAGUGCAACAAAGGCCUUUAACUAUAAACUCAUCAAAUCCUAAUUUAACAUUGCUGCCAUUGUCAUUACCAGCAAUGAAUUCUACUACUGUUUCUCCUGUAACACCAUCCAGACCUUUACAUCAUCAUCAUUCAGCUCCUGCACGUGAUCGAAUAACAGGACCUCAACCUGUUGAUGUGGAACAAAUGAGGCAUGUUGAACUAGAAAGAUGGCAAACAUUCAGACUUAUGUUGGAGAAAGAGCAACGGUAUGUGGAUGCUUUAAAAAAAGAACUUCGAUCUUCAGAUUUAUCCAAUAGUGAUAAUAAGUUGAAGAGAGAUUUAACAGGAGCUGAACGCCGAGUUAAAACAUUACAAGAUCAAUUAACCACGUUUAAUGAAAUACCGCUUUGUAAUAUUGUUGCACAAGCAUCUUCACUACAGCCUCCUCCACUACCACCGAGAAACCCACCACCACUACCUCCUAGAAAUCCAACGGCCCCUUUGAUUAGUGAUAAGCAGUCGAAUAAUUCACAUAUCACUGGUGUUAACAAUAGUCAAACUGAUUCUCCUAAUCUCUCCCUUGGUCAUCAACGUACAAAGUCUAAUCCUGAUCAAUUAAGUGAAGGUAAACCAUUAGGCACCAAAAAGUUAAGUUUGUCAGAAUCUUUCAAUGACUUACCUUCUGUAAAACUUUCCAAGGGUGGCUUAGCCUGGGAUGUGGUAUCACCACCUCGUUGUCAUUCUCCUAACAGAUCUCCUGAUAUUUCUAGCUCCUAUGACAAAUCUUGUAUAGAAAUGAAUAAACAUGGAAUUGGCGAUCGAUGCUCGGUUAAUUCAGUUGAAUCAAAAUUAAUUCAAUCUCCUAUUAUAUCAAUGGAGGAUGAUGAAGUUUCAGAUCAAGAAUCUAAUCAUUUAGAAGAACAUGGUCCAUUUAAAAGUUUUACAAAACUAGUAGAACACAACGCACAUUUAGCAGUAUUUUUAAACUAUGUUAUAUCAAAUAGUGACCCCUCAGCUUUACUAUUCUAUUUAGUUACAAACUUAUUUAAAGAAGGCAAUGCCAAAGAGAUGAAGAAAUGGGCUUAUGAAAUCCAUUCCAGUUUUCUAGUGCCUUGUGCUCCAUUGAGACUGAAUAACAUUGAAGACAAUAUUGUUCGUGAAAUCGAUGAUAUUUUACAAAAAGAUUCGGAUCGCGAAGAAAUUUUGCGCAAAGUGUUCUGGAAAGCACGAACCAAAGCCAAAGAAGAAUUGAAUGAACAGUUGAGUGAUUUUCGUCAUCGAAGAACAGCUGGCCUUGGUACUCUAUUUGGCCCUCCUGAUUCUCAACUUGAUGAUAGUAUUAAUGAUAAACCUAAGGAAUUAAAAAUAAUUGAAAUGAUUCUUGUUCCUAAUAUGGAGCCAUUUAUAGAGGACAUGGAUAAAGAAAUUGUAGAUGAUAGAAGAUUCACCAUGGCUGCUGCACUUGCUACUGUUAUGUCUAAAAUAUUUGGCCUUCGCGGUACUCAAUUUAGUUCUCUUUUAGAACGAUGCCCUACAUUUGUUUCCAAAGAAAAAUCCUUUAAGGCUAAACUUAUAGGAAAAUGUCGAAAAUUUACUAACAAAGGGCAUCAUUUUGUUGCACAUCAGUAUUUCACUGUGACUUAUUGUAAUCAUUGUCAAUUAAUUAUUUGGGGAAUUGGUCCACAGGGUUAUCAAUGUACAAAUUGUAUUUUAAAUAUUCACCGUGUUUGUGUAAAAGUUUUGGAAGAAAACUGUCCUGGUCCAAUUGUGAAAAAAGAUAAAGGAAAUGAUCGCAUUAGUAAAUUAAUGGAUAAAAUAAGACCUGAACGUGAAACCCGAAGAAAACCUGGUAUAAAUUUUGUUCAAAUUGAAAAGUCAAAGAGACAAUCUGAAGAUUCUGGGGACAUAGUUGGUGCUCUUCCAGAUAAAGAAUUGGAUCGAUCAAGUUUAAGUGGAAGUAGUUUCCAUAUUAAAACUGAUGAUAGUUUUAAAUCAGAGAAGGGAGAUACAAGUAUUGUUGAAGAUAUCUCACACUAUCCAAAGCUCAAAAAACCAUCAGGAAUCUCUAUAAACCGAUCUGAAAGCUAUAAAGAACGUAUCCAUCAAAAGCGUCAAAUUCGUGAAAGAAGAAAAACUAGUGAUCCUAAUCUUCCUUCAAAGUACAAAACUGAUGUAGAACAAGAAAUGCCGUUUUCAUUUGCACAUUCUGAUAGCUCUUCAAAUUCUAAUUUAUCAACAAAAAGCUUGGACAGUCGUAGUACAUCAUUAGAAGGAAUUGGACAAGGUGGAGAAGUUACUUCAUGUUUAGAUAGUGAUUCUGAUGAUGAAUUAGACUUACCAGAUUGGGCUAGUAAUGUUCCACCUGAAAUAUUAGAACAAUUAUCAUCUAAAGAGAAGAAACGCCAAGAAGUCAUAAACGAACUGUAUCACACUGAAAGAUCUCAUAUUCGAGGACUGAAAGGUUUAGAACAUGUUUUUCAUCGGCCUAUGAAGGAACUACAAAUAUUACCACAAGACCAACUUCAAUUAUUAUUUGCAAACCUUGAACAAAUGUUUGAACUACACUCACAGUUUUGUAAUGCAAUGAAAGCUGUGAGGAAAGACAAUCAAGUUGUUCAAAACAUUGGACAUGUUUUACUUAAUACUUUUGAUGGAACUGCUGGAGAAGUAUUUCAAAAAGCUGCUGCAACUUUUUGCGCUCGACAACAAAUUGCUUUGGAAUCUCUAAAAGAGAGACGAAAAAAAGAUGCAAAAUUAAAUAAUUUUCUGACUGAAGCUGAGGGUAAUCCUAUAUGCAAGCGCUUACAACUGAAAGAUAUUUUGCCAACAGGCAUGAUAAGAUUAACUAAAUAUCCAUUAUUAUUUGAAAGUUUGGUAAAAUGUACUACUAAUGAAGAAGAAUUAUUAAAUAUUAAAAGGGCAUCAGAAAGGAGUAAAAUUAUUUUAAACCAUGUAAAUCAAGCAGUACGCGAGGCUGAAGAUGAACUUAGACUUUCUGGAAUUCAGAAAAAAUUAGAUGCUACUCCAUUUGAGAAAGUGGAUCAUCUACUGAGCGUUGAGUACAAGAAUUUAGAUGUAACAAAACAUAAAUUGAUUCAUGAAGGUGGUCUGUGGCUGAGAAUUGGAGGCACUCGUCAAAAAAUGAUUGAAUUACAUGUUUUGCUGUUAGAAGAUUUAAUUAUUUUGUUGAAUAAAGUAGAUGAUAAAUAUGUUUUAAAAUAUUAUGGAUUCCAAGAUCGUACUCCUACCUUGAGUCCAAUUAUUAAGAUGUCUACAGCUUUAGUCAGACAUAAUGCUGUUGAUAAAAAAGCAAUGUUCUUGGUAAAUACAUCUCAAGCUGGUGCUCAAAUAUAUGAUUUAGUCACCACUUCAUCAAAUGAACGAAAAACAUGGUUCCGUCAUAUUUCUGAAGCCACUGAAGCAUAUAAAGCUCGUGAAGGUAAAAUAAAAAAACAAGAACAAACCUCUCAUCAUGUUAUUGAUUAUGAAGACAUAAUACAGGGUACUAAAAAAAAGUCGGUAAAUGAUAAUUGUACAGAACAACCUAACAAUAACAAUAAUUUAAACAGUUCACAGUUAUCAACUUCAUUAGAUUCUAAUACUUGUGAUACAUCUAAACGUGGUAAUGACAUUUUAGGAAAUACUGAAGCACAGGCAGUUACUAGCAGCACUCCCGUGCUGUCUAAAACUCAAAAAAGUCCAUUAAUUGAGCCAUCAGAAGUGUUAGUGUCUCAAAGUUCUGUAUUGAAAGCAGAACCAGUUAUUACACACCUUGAAAAAUUACGAAGAAAUAAUAGAAUAAUUGAAGAAGCAUUACAUGAACGUUUGCAAUUAGUUGCUGAUAUAUUAAAAGUGCCUUUAUCCAACUCCAGUAACACAUCUGAUAGUCAAGGUAAAGAUAUUUCUGAUGAGCCAAAUAAAAUUUUACUUUCAGCAGUGACUCAAGGAAACGAAGUCAUCACAGUAUUAAAUGAAUCUCUGAGUUUGACAGAUGUUGAUACUAUUGCUGCUAGUUUAGGCACAUCAAAUUUGACAUCUAAUUGUAGUUUAUAUAAAGCCUAUGCUACACAACUGUCGAAAAUCACUAAAGUCAAACCUAUUGUUGCUUCUUUGAAUUCUCAAAUUACAGAACUUUUGAUAUCAAAUACAAAGCAUGGUAAAUUGGAAGAAGAACUGCGCAAGCAACUUCAAACCUAUCGAGAAAGACUGCAUGCAUUUCAAGAAAAGUCAUUAGGCUCAUCCAAUGCAGAAAAUGAAACUGUCGAUAAUGCUUCUACUAUCAAUAAUUCAGACAAAAAUGGCUCGUCGUUAGAGUUAUGAGUGUAGUUAUUAUUUAUUAAUCAAUACAUAACAUACACACUUAACCAACAUAUGCCAUAUCAUGCCACUAAGUUUUCACCAUGUCAGUAAUAGCAGCCUAACGCUUAAAAAUUGUAUCAAUGUUUAUUUUACUUCUAUGAGUUUAAUUUAUAUAUAUAUAUAUAUAUUUU